CCUCGCCCUUUUUUUUUUUUCCGCCUAGGCUGUAUCAGCCAGGCGGGCAAGCGCGCCGGUUUCUUUUUGUAACGCCGGGGUAGGUCUCGGUGCCCCCUUCCCCGGGCCUCCCUUUCUUCCUUUUUCUCGGCGGAGGCUGCUGCUGCUGUGGCGCAGCGGGGGCGUGAGGGGUGCUGCCGCCGCCGCCGCCGCCGCCUGGGCCUGAAACAAGAUGGCGGCCCCGGGCGAGUACUUCAGUGUGGGCAGCCAGGUGUCGUGCCGGACUUGCCAAGAGCAGCGGCUGCAGGGCGAGGUGGUAGCCUUCGACUACCCCACCAAGAUGCUGGCGCUCAAAUGCCCUUCUUCAAGUGGCAAACCUAACCAUGCAGAUAUCUUGCUUAUAAAUUUACAGUAUGUUUCAGACGUGGAAAUAAUUAAUGACCGUACAGAAACCCCCCCACCUUUAGCGUCACUCAAUGUUAACAAGCUUGCAAACAAAGCACGGAUGGAGAAGGAAGAAAAACUGAGCCAGGCAUAUGCAAUUAGUGCUGGGGUCUCUUUGGAAGGACAGCAACUUUUCCAGACUAUACACAAGACUAUUAAAGAUUGUAAAUGGCAAGAGAAGAAUAUAGUUGUGAUGGAAGAAGUUGUCAUUGCCCCUCCAUACCAAGUGGAAAACUGUAAAGGCAAAGAGGGGAGUGCCCUAAGUCAUGUACGCAAAAUAGUUGAGAAACAUUUUAGAGAUGUCGAAAGCCAAAAGGUGAUGCAGCGUUCACAAGUCCAGCCAACACAGAAGGAAAGCGCCCUCUCGUCCUGAGUCCUGCCUGCCUUUCCUGGUUGCGACAGAUUGCUCCUGCGGGGGGUGGGGGUGGGGGGGAACCCUUCGAACACGCAGCAGCAGAUGACACAGACUUCUUCCAAAAGAGGUCAGGGGAGGGCAGGGGGAUUUCACUUCUAUUUUGUGGUGGCCCUGUAAUGGUGGGACCCACAGCUUCCGAACUUUAGACUUCAAAAACAAGAGAAUAAUUUAAAAACUCAUUCAUUACUUGACUAACAGACUCUUUACUUUUGGCCCACCAGGUUUCUCCCCCCUCCUAGAACAGUCAACUGUCUUGUAUUUGAGGUUUUUCUCCCUCCCAGAAUCUUUCUUUAGCUUUAUUGAAAUCAAUUCCAUGCCACCCCCCUUCCUCUUGUACCAGAGGAGAACUCAGCUCCCCAGUUUGUUCUAAUAAGAGAGAGAGAGAGAGAGAGAGAACAGAAAAUAACAAGCUGACUGUGGUAAUGUAAUCGGGACCUUUGUGUGACUGGCGAUCUCUCAUUUUGGUUUUUGUUUGCACAGGGCAAGGCUUGAAUUAGCCUUAUUUUUCUUAUCUCAAAAUAUAUAUAUAAUAAAUAUAUAUAUAUAUAAAAUGUCCUUUAAGUAUUUUCUGCUUCUUGCAGUACUCUGAACUGGGAUCAUGGCAGGAAAAAAAAGUAAAUCUCCAUGCUUAACAAUCACGUCUUCUGCAGUUGGCAUUUUUAUGCGCACAGAUGCUCACAGGAUGCAGGCUUCCUCCUAAUGAUCAUAUCACAAGUUGAACUUGUAUGUUAUGUUUUUCAUAAAUGUGGGCCUUUUAAUACCACUGUAGUGGAAUUGUUCCUGGCCAGCACCCUAUGGUACUUCUGGAAUAAUAUUGUUGUUCUCAAAGGGCAUAAAAACUGGGAGAUUUGAUAGCUUCCUCCUCCUCGUACUAUUUGGCCAUGCCAAAGCACUGCCCGUAGGGCAAGACUGCUUGAAUGGAUUUUAUGAGGAACAAUGUGUAUUUUGCCCUUUGUGACCCAAACUGGGGUUGGAGAAGGGACAAAAGGUUUGGGCCAAGUCCACUCAUGUCUGUGUUCAGCCUUAGCCUAUCUGUGCUGGCCCUCUUUCCUCUGAUGUAAAUGAUUUGAAGAGGUAGGGCAGUAGAUGAACCUCUCUAGGAUCUUUGCCACACUUCUCCACAGCAUGUAAGUGAAUCCCUUUGGAAUUGAAUUGGCCAUUUUUGUUUCUGCUACUGAAUCAACUUUUCUCAUGGCAAAUCACAUGGCAUUUGAACCCUUCCAGGGGUGCACAGCUGUAUCAAAUGAAUGGAAGUGUCAAUGUUGAAAUGCCAGUUUGCUUUGAGAUUGGGCACUGUAAGCUGUUCCUUGGAGAAUUCCAAUAUGAUAAUGUUGGUGCUCUAGGGGGAAGUGAUCUUCGCUGCUGAGAGUAGUGUCAUAUUACUUGCAGAAUAUGACCCGCUGUCCAAGGAUAUUGCUCCUGUCCAAAAUGCUCUUCUAUAGAUUUCAGCCACAUUCUAGAAUACAUUCUAGACUGUUCUGAUCACCUUACUCUCAAAGGUCCGAGUUGCAGGCUUGUUUUGGUUUGUAUCUCCCAGGCCGACUGCUCUGACUGUCCUUCAUAAAUACCCUUGCCUUAGAAAUAUGCUUAGGGGAGUAAAUAAAUUUUGAUUUGGACAAAAUGUGAGGUUUCAAAGGAUUUUUUUUGCCAUGAUCUCUUUCCCCUUAACCCCCAUUUUUAAAAAAAAAAACAAAUGGAUCAAAUUUUAAAUAAUUCAAGCCCUGCCUUUCAGAAUGGAGGGAUUUUUUUUUAGUAUUAUCUAGCAAAAACCAAUAAAAACCCAGAAUUUUUUUAACCAUCAAACAA